AUGUCAACAUCCCCCAAAAAAGGCUACCUCGUCGUCUUCUCCCGCCCUACCCAUCCUUCGUUUUCCACAUCCCACAACACAUUCAACAAAUGGUACAACGAAGUGCACAUCCCCGACAUUCUCCGCCUCGGCCGCCCCGACGGCUUCACUUCUGCCUUUCGCUAUACUCGCGCUGGCUUUAACCCUUCCGACCCUUCCUCCACUGCCGAUAAGGACUUCGAAGUGACAUACCCCAAAAACGAAAAGUGGUUGUACCUAGCCAUGUACCCCGUUCCGGACGUGGUGAAAGCCAGUAGGCCUGAUAGCGGGCUGUAUAAAGCGCCGUUGGUGCAUGAGAUGUUACCUGGUGGGGGGAAUGCGAUGGAGGUGGCGAAGUGGGAACUGGGGUUUUGGGAGGUUGUUGGUGAAAAGGAAAGAAAGAACAACAAGCUAACAACUACCACAGACUCUUCCAAAGACACAGACGUAAUCCUAGUUCCCGUCGACUCCUCCGACAUUCCCGGCUACGAUAUCCCCGGCGCUCACCCGUCCGCCCUCCUUGACUACUCCCGCAAGGGCUGGGAAGGCUCGGAUCCGGUCCGGUCGAGACUGCUCAAGUACACUGCUCCUGCAUAUGACUGCGAUGGUACUGGUAUCAAGCAGUAUUUGGCUGUGCACGAAGUGGAACCGAACACGGAACAGACCCUCAAGCCCGAGUUCAAGACGGUCAAGUAUAAGCUUUAUAAGAAGUUUGGGGUUUGAGAGUUCAUCAGUUCUGGUUCAC